AUGAAUUUUCCAAGUUCACACGAAACAAAGUCAAGAUCCUCGGACGUCGGCGUUGGCCUGCAGCCACGGACACGUGGCGCUGACAGUCGAGUGCGGGGUUCGAGUAGACCGCUGCACGCGUUGCUCGCCGGUCGCGGAGUAUUCUUUUGGCACGCCGCGCGGCAGGGCCAUGCGGGGAAAAUGACAACACGGGGCAUAAGGCGGAAGAAGUCGUCUCUCUCCGAAGUCAAAGUGGCGGUUAUAGGGGCACCGUCAGUUGGAAAAAGUGCGCUUACAGUGAGAUUCUUAACGAAGCGGUAUAUCGGCGAAUAUGAUCACCAACAAGAAAGCAAAUAUAAACAUGAAGCCCUGUUGGACGGUGAACCUAUUUUGUUUGAAAUACUCGAUACUUGUCCGAAGAGCACGGAAGAGUUACCCGGCAGCGAAAUAGCGCAAUGGGCAGACGGGCUAUUUCUCGUUUAUUCCAUCACCGACAGAGAGUCGUUCAAUUACGUGAGAAGAGCGAAACAGCGUUUGCAGCCCGACAUUCCUUUAACACUGGUUGGAAAUAAGGCAGAUAUGGUGCAUUUGCGACAAGUGAGUCCAGAAGAAGGUGAAAUACUGGCGAAAGAUUUUGAAUGCGGCUUCGCUGAGGUAGCAGCGGCUGAACAAGUAAAUCAAGUUGGUGAGGUCUUCCACGAGCUUUGUCGUGAGGUCCUCACGAACCGGCGGCGAGCAAAGCAUAGCCUCCUUGAUAGAAUGCUGGGUUCUAAGACGGCCUAUCGCGUCUAUUCUAGAGGGAAAAGUGACAGUGCCUUGCCGAAAGAUUAG